GGAAGUGGGCUCCGAGAACCCGGAUCUCGCCCGAGCGGACUCAGGAUGGAGACGGAAGCGGUUCAGGGAACCCGAACAGAGGCCGAAGCUUCAACCAUCUCAAAGCCGGGCUCGGGGCUGACAGGGGGUGCCCUGCACUGGGGGGAGCCAAGCGGGCCACAGGCCUCCAAGGCCCCCCAGAGCCGGGCCCCUGCUCAGCCCGAGGAGGACGGACAGGAUGAGGAUGGAGGCCGGGAGGACCCCGGUGUCCGGGCCAUGCUGCGCGCUGUGGCCGGCAGCAGCCAUGUCCCUGUGCAAAGCCAGCAGAAGGACGAGCCAGACUUCACGGAGAGGGAGAAGGUGGCCAUCCUGGGCCGCCUUUACCGGGACAAACCCCUGGUCUUCCUGGAGCGCUUCCGGAGCAGCCUCCGUGAGGAGCACCUGGCCUGCUUCCAGCACCUGCGCGGGGACUACCGUGCUGACUUCUACUGCGCAGAAGUGUUGAGGGGCAGCUCAGGCAGGGACAGGGCCUCCCGCACCCGGCUCAGGAACCGGCGCUACGCUGCCCUCCAGGAGCUCAUCAGGGGUGGGGAGUAUUUCAGCGAUGAGCAGAUGCGGGCCCGGGACCCUCUGCUCUAUGAGCAGUACAUUGGACAGUACCUGAGUGAGGAAGAGCUGGCUGCCACCCGGUGCCCAGAGAGCCUGGCCCCCGAUGGCUGCCCUCUGGCUGACCUGCUCCUCCAGUCCUACCAGGAGGGAAUGCUGCAGCGAAGGCUGCUUCAGCAGCAGGAGGAGGAGGAGGCCUGCUUGGAGGAGGAGGAAGAUGAGGAAGAGGAUGACUGCGAGGAGGAAAAUUCAGGGCCUGGGCAAGAGGAGGAGGCCUGGGUACCGGAUUCCGAGGAAAAGGUCAUCCUGAGAGAGGAGUUCACCAGCAGAAUGCACCAGCGGUUCUUGGAUGGCAAAGAUGGAGACUUUGAUUACAGUAAGGUGGACGACAACCCAGAGUUCGACAACUUGGACAUUGUGAAUCGGGAUGAGGAAGAGCGCUAUUUCGAUGAGGAAGAGCCUGGGGAGGUGCUGAGCACAGAGCCAGAGCAGGAGUAGGCGCGGCCCCCUCCUCACCUGCCCUGCUGGGCCGGGAUGCCCCCCCAACCCCCCAGUGUAACACUACUGCUCUGGAGUCUGUGACCCCGCCCCCUCUAUGAAUGCUUCUCUACGUCU